AGCUCGCACAAGGUUCCCGCAUCACGUUUUAAGAACACCGGACUUUUUUUUUUUUCUUUCUCAGGGGCGAAAAAAAUAAGAAGAAAAAACACGCUUUUUUGCGUGUAGUGGAUUUGGGCGUUUUGUGCGCGCUCGGUAAACGGCGAUGCUACGGCGGCGCGCAGGAGCCGUAGAGGGAAGAGACAGGUGAGCUGCGGCGAAGGAGCUGGAGAUAUUUCGGGGGGCGCUUUGGAUAUCGAGACCCCCGCGGUGUCCGUCAGCCUUUUCUCCGGAGAGGAGGAAGAAGAGCGACCGGAGAGGGCGAGUUUUUGGCGAUUGGCACCUGACCCCCCCCCCACCCCCCCUACUCUCCCCCACUCCCCCCUACCUGGCCAUCUGGUGCGGUGAGUGUGCCAACCGCAUAUGUGCGUUGCUGCCAUGGCGACCAUGGCUCCACCCCUCACAUUUCUCCUCCUGCUGCUUCAACUGGCGAAUGGCUCAUUCCCAGAGGAGCCCAGUCCCCUCAGCUACGUCCCCGUAGAGGUUGUUCGGAGGUAUCCAGUGUUCUUGGGCAGAGCUCACCGUUCAGCUCAGAGACAGGAUCUGCACAUCCAGACGGUCCUCCAAGUCAACCGCACUCUCUACAUUGGUGCCAGAGAUGACUUGUACAGAGUGGAGUUGGACAACAUGGCAGGGGAUGAGAUGUUCUACAGCAAGAAACGAACGUGGGAAUCCAAUAAGAACGACAUUCGAGUGUGCCGGAUGAAGGGCAAACAUGAGGAAGAGUGCCGUAAUUUCAUCAAGGUUUUGCUCAGCCAGCACGGCGGCCUGUUUGUAUGUGGAACAAACGCCUUCAACCCGCUGUGUGCCAACUACACUAAAGACACUCUAGAAAUGGUGGGGGAGCCUGUGAGUGGGAUGGCACGGUGCCCGUAUGACCCACGACAUGCCAACGUGGCUCUGUUUGCAGACGGGAGUCUCUUCACUGGUACCGUGACAGACUUCCUGGCCAUCGACGCGGUGAUCUAUCGCAGCCUCGGCGACAGCCCCGCCCUCCGCACCGUCAAACAUGACUCCAAAUGGUUCAGAGAGCCCUACUUUGUGAGCUCCAUGGAGUGGGGGCCACAUAUUUAUUUCUUCUUCAGAGAGAUGGCCAUGGAGUUUCAUCAUCUGGAGAAGGUGAUGGUGUCCCGUGUAGCUCGUGUGUGUAAAGCAGACCUGGGAGGCUCUCAGCGCGUCCUCGAGAAGCAGUGGACCACAUUUCUGAAGGCGCGGCUCAACUGCUCCGUGCCGGGAGAUUCGCACUUUUACUUCAACCUCUUGCACGCAACAAGCAACAUCAUCCACAUGCACGGGCGAGACGUCAUCCUGGGCCUCUUUUCCACUCCGCCCAACAGCAUCCCCGGCUCUGCGGUGUGCGUGUUCGACAUGCAGCAGCUCGCUCACGUCUUUGAGGGCCGGUUUAAAGAGCAGAAAUCCCCCGAGUCUAUUUGGACACCUGUGCCGGACGAGGCUGUGCCUAAACCGAGACCAGGAGGAUGUGCAGUGCAGGGAUCCAGAUUCAGCUCCUCCAACACGCUGCCAGAUGAGGUGCUGAACUUUGUGAAGACCCACCCACUGAUGGACGACACCGUCCCGCUGCUGGGGCACAGACCGUGGGUGGUCAAGACCAUGGGGCGGUACCAGCUGACGGCCAUGGUGGUGGACACCGAAGCUGGACCCCAUAAGAACCGUACCGUCUUGUUCUUGGGCUCCACCCGAGGAUCCAUCCUGAAGUUUCUGAUGAUCUCCAGCGGGGAUUCGUUCUCCCACAGCAGCGUGUUUCUGGAGGAGGUGGAAGGAUUUAACCCAGAGAAGUGUGGUGAGGACUCUCCUCAGGCCCGUCAGCUCUUGUCCCUGUCACUGGACCGGUCCAGUCACACUCUGCUGCUGGCCUUCCCCUCCUGCCUGGUCCGAGUGCCCACGUCUCGGUGCCACCUGCACUCGCGCUGCAUGAAGAGUUGUCUGGCCUCCAGGGACCCGUACUGUGGCUGGACCAGAGGCAGCACCUGCUCCUUCCUGAGACCAGGCACACGGCUGCCUUUUCAACAAGAUGUGGAAUAUGGAAACACCACCUCCCAUCUGGGAGACUGUGAUGGAAUUCUGCAGCAGAGUUUGCUCAUUGAACCGGAGAGCUUGGUCUCCCUCAACCUGCUGGUGGCGUCUGCGGUGUCUGCGUUCACCAUUGGUGCGGCGCUCUCCGGCCUCGCCGUCUGCUGGAUCAUGGCCCACAAACCAACCAACCGUCGCCACGGCAACGCCGCCCAGUCCUCCAUCCAGCGGCGCGAAAGAGGCCUGCUGGCUAACGGCGGUGGGAUGGGAGGCUCCGUGCUCAGCGUGACCCGGCAGGGAGGCGGGGACCGCCCCUGCACUCAGGGCGGGGAAACCCUGUUUGUCAUGCCCAACGGCUGGGUGAAGUCGGGAGAGCUCGACCCGGGUUUCCUGCCAACGCCGGAGCACACGCCCCAGCAGAAACGCAGAGGCCUGCGACUGUCUGACUCCAACUCUGGAGGGUGGGACACCAGCCAGACGUACCUAGGUGGAGGCUCUGUUGGUCUGGGCUCUCCCUGCCGCAUCCCCCCCACCGUCUACCUGACCACCAGACUCUUCCAGCAGGGCGGAGGCGGGAGACACGGCGGAGAGAGCCGUGGAAACGACACGCCGCGCCAGCACUACGUCUGCCUGAGCAAGCUGGAAAAGGGGGUGAAGGGGACGCCCAAAGCCCCUCUCCGGAAGUCUGCUGGAGAGUACGUGUACCCCAUGACCCCCCAGGACUCGCCCGAGCGCCGGAGGGUGGUUUCAGCACCAAGCGCCCCUGUGGAGUAUGGCGAGCCGCUGCCGUUGCGCUGGCCCGCCCCGGAGGGAUACAUCCUAAGCAGCCACGGCAUGGUACCCGUCCCCCUGCCUCCGCCCUCCAUGCCCGCCCCCAGCGGCCAGGCUUACAUGUCCCAGCAACACGCCCCCGGGCUGAGCAGGGCUCUGCUGAGAGGAGCCCUGGAGCGAGGGGAGCUGGGCGAGCUGGUGGAUCUCAGCCAGCUGAUGAGUAAGAAGAACUGCGGUGAUAGGACUCAGACUGGCCAGUGACCGCUGAGGAGAUGAAGAGGACGGGAGCGUUUCCAUGUCUGGAUCUCUCUUCUUUUCUCAUCCUGUCCGGUCCACCCUCCCUUCACUCCAUCCCCCACCCUCCCCCACACACACACACACAUCUUUAUUUGUGACUCAGCCCCACUGAGCUCCUGUGUCAGUCUUUCAGGCCCCGCUUGUACCCCGUGAGGAGCCUGUGACUGGCUGCGGGGUCUGCCACUCACUAAUUGGUCGGAGGAGGUUGUUGCCGUCUCUGCAUUGCAGAGUUGCCUCUCUCUCUCUCUCUCUCUCUCUCUCUCUCUCUCUCUCUCUCCUGCUAGUCAGCGGCAGCAGGAUGAGGAACGAGAGUGCAUGUGGAGGAAAGAACGAAAGAAAAACAG